AUGAAAUAGCAAUUCUCAUUCAAGUCCCUAUCAACUUAGAACGAUUUUUAAAAUUUAUAAACUAAAUCAGAAUAGAUAGGUAGAUUUCGCAAUAUCAUUCCUAUUCGUAAAAUUCAAACAACUUUUUAAUUACUAAAAAUGAAAAAAGAGUCUGAUCUUGAAUUUCCAGAUAUAACAAUACAACUAAAGAAUCAAACUUCCAAACCUAAAAUCUUUUAUGCAAAGCCUUAAUACAAUACUCAUUUUACUAUUUAAGAAGAUCUUAGUUAAUUUUCAAAAAAAAUUUAAUAAACAAUCAAAACUAGCUUUAAAAAAUGUCUAUAUCAGAAUAAAUCUAAUAAAAAGAUUUAACCUGAAUACUCUACUAUACUAUUUUUCAAUGUAACUGUUACUUAUGAAGAAAAGGAAACAACUUAUUAAUUUAUUCGUCGUUUGGGAAAUUUAUAAAAAACAGAAUAAGAAGAUUGUGAGUAAUUUAAGGCCAAAAAUCUAUUAAAAAUGGUGGGAGUCUUUGAAAAAUUUAAUACUAGAGCAAUUUUUACAUUUAAGGUAUUUUUGCUAUGAUUUAAGAUUAGAAGUUUUUAUAAAAUGUAUUUACAAAAUUAAAUUGAAUGGAACUAUCAACAUUUUUAUGAUAUAUAUCCAAAAUCAAUGUUUCUAGAGUAUAUUGUUUUUAAAGAGAACUUAUCUUUGAAACCAACAUACUAUUUUAAUUUGAAAAAUUAAUUACUAAAACUAAAUAAUUAACAAAUAAAUUUUUAACUUGAAGAAGAUUACUUUGAAAAUCAAAAAUAAGUUGUUAAAAUAAUUUAAUGUAAUAAGAAGAUGAAGUUAUUUAAAUCUAAUUUAUAGUGUAUAGUAAAUAAGCUUGAUAAUGAAACAUAGAAUCAUUUACUAACUGAAUAGGAGGAAGUGUCUUUUAAACUUUCUUUCUAGAAUCCUUAACAUUUUAUUCGGCAUUUGUAAUUUAAAAUACCAGAUCAAAUAUGUAUUGCUAGUAGAUUUUACAAUAAUUAUUAUGAGAUUUUAGAUGGUAUAUUUGAAGAUACGCAUGAAAUAUUAAAUUUGAAAGACAAUAUAACAAUGUUAGAAUUUGAAGAAGCAUAAGAAAAUUAGAAUUAAAAAUUGGUUUAAUAAUUAUAAUAACAGCAACUUUAACCUAAAAAAUUAAAUUUUGAAUCUAUAAUGAAAAAAUCAAAACAUCAACCAUCAAUUACAUAAGAAGUAUCUCCAAGAAGUGAUCACUCUUAGAUUAGUUCUUUAAGAACUCCUAGAGAAGGUUAAUAACUCUUACCAAUAUUAAUGAAACCUUAACUUGAAAACAAUAAAAUAAGAAUGAGAGCUAGUCCACCAUCUUAUGAUGAUAAUAUAAGCAAUUCAAAUAAUCUUUAAUAAUAUUCUACUCAUCAUUCAAAAACAAUUUCUUAAAUAGAUAUGGCAUCUAUUAAUACUCCAAGAUCAUAAAGAACAUCUUUAGCUAUAAAUUUGUCUCUUAGAACAUCAAUGACUAAAAAUUCUUUAAAAACAAGAACUUUAGUAGUAGAAUAAUUUAAGAAAUCACAAUAAAAAGCAAGUUAAUUAGCUGAAAUGUUGAUUUAAGAAAAUAAAUAUAAUGAAGUAUAGUUAAAUAAAAUUAAUUAUAGCUUGUAGAAUUAUUUAAUAAUAAUCCAAAUUUAAGAGUAGAUGAAAGAAUAUCAAAUGGAAAUACAUAUUUGAUGAUGGCAGCAUAAGGUGGAAAUUUAGACAUUUGUGAAUUGAUUCUAUCUAAAGGAGCCUCAGUUAAUUUAUAAAAUGUAUAAAAAUAAUUUUAAUUAUUCAAGUUACAAGGAGAUACAGCACUUCAUAAAGCCUUUUAAUAUGGCAAUUUUAGUAUUGCUGAUCUUUUAGUAUCAUAUGGAGCCUAAGUAUUGGUAAAUAACAAAGGUAAGACUCCUUGGUAACUGUGA